UUUUCUUACCAAGCACAAGCAUAAGAGCUGAGAAGGCCCUUGUUCUUCAUUAUAUUUUCUCAGUUAAGAGCAACAUCAUGGAGUUCCUUCUGUUCGUGCAUGCCUUGAGAUUGGGCAUGGGAAGCUUUCUUCUCCUCUUUAUUUCCGCUGCCAUCUUCAUCUUUUGGCUUUCACCCAUUGCGGCGUGGCAAAGGUUAAAAAGGAACGGGUUUGGCGGCCCUGCCCCAUUGUUUCCCUUGGGAAACAUAAUGGAGAUGAGCAAGAAAGAAAAGAGAGGAUCUUCUUUAGGCUUAUCAAGCAUCACUCAUGACAUCCACUCAUUCGUGUUCCCUUACUUUGCUCGAUGGAGAAAAACUUACGGAAAGGUUUUCAUUUACUGGCUAGGCACAGAACCAUUCAUGUACAUCGCCGACCCUGAGUUCCUCAAACAAGUGACUUCAGGGAUUUUGAGCAAGAAAUGGGGCAAGCCGAAUGUGUUCAAGCAUGACAGAAAACCAAUGUUCGGAAAUGGGCUAGUUAUGGUCGACGGUAACGACUGGGCUCUUCACAGGCACAUCAUUGCACCAGCAUUCUCUAUGACCAAUCUGAAUGCUAUGAUAAGCACAAUGGUGGAGUCUACCACCAAGAUGCUAGAUGAGUGGAGCAAGCGUGUAUCCUUGGGCCACAACGAAAUCGACGUGGAGAAAGAUAUCGGCAAAAAUGGAGCUGAGAUCAUAGCUAAGACCAGCUUUGGCAUCAAUGAGCAAACUGGCAAAAAGGUAUUCGAGAAGCUCCAAGCCAUGCAAAUCAUGCUGUUCAAGUCCAACCGGCUGGUGGGAGUCCCCUUCAGCAAGCUCUUGUAUGCCAAACAAACAUAUGCGGCAUGGAAGCUAGGCAAGGAGAUCGACCAACUCCUCCUCGCCGUCAUCGAUUCGAGAAAGGAAACGACUUGCAACAACCAACACGACCUCCUCAGUCUCCUGCUUGCCGGGAACCAGGACAAUGCGCAGCUCGAGAGGAAGCUGACGAGCCGGGAGCUUGUGGAUGAGUGCAAGACAUUCUUCUUCGGGGGCCAUGAGACCACUGCCCUUGCUCUUUCCUGGACUCUGCUCAUGCUGGCUUUGUACCCCGAGUGGCAGAAGACUCUCAGGGAGGAGAUCAUGGAAGUCUCUGGGGGUGCACCCCUUGACUCACAUAUGCUCUCGAAGCUAACAAAGAUGGGAUGGGUGCUGAACGAGGUCCUAAGGCUUUACUCACCGGCACCUAAUGUCCAAAGGCAGGCAAAGGAAGACGUCCAGGUCGGAGACCUAGUCAUCUCCAAAGGGACCAACGUGUGGAUCGACGUGGUGGGGAUGCACCACGAUCCUGACCUGUGGGGCGAUGACGUGUACGAAUUCAAGCCAGAGAGGUUCAAGGACAGUUCAUAUGGCGGGUGCAAGCAUCGGAUGGGAUUUUUGCCAUUUGGCUUUGGGGGGAGGAUCUGCGUGGGUAGGAACCUGACUGCCAUGGAGUACAAGAUCGUGUUAAGCCUCAUCCUCCGCAAGUUCUCUGUCUCCAUCUCUCCAGCUUACUCGCACUCACCUCGGAUCAUGUUGUCUCUGAGGCCUUCUCACGGGGUGCAUCUAAUCCUUCAUGCUUUAGAAGAAUCAAGCUAAUUGCUUAUAUUAUGCAUCUUACUAUGAGAGUUGAAGUGGGUGGUGAUCAGAUUCCGCUUAUAGUGCCAUUAGCAGGCAUUUCUAUCGCAUUAUGUGCGCAACAUGUAGGUCAGAGGAGCCCCGAGAGAGGCCCUUCAAUUAUGUAUAGAAAUUAUUCUCAUAUACAUAUACAUAUACAUUAUAUAUAUGUGUGCA